GCGCGCGCGACGACGUGCUCGCCGGCGGGGAGCGCUGCGAGCGCACGCUGCACGACCUGCUCGGCCUGGACGCCAUGGUCGCGCGCGUGCACUGCGACUUCGUCGACAUCCUCGCGCGCUACGACUGCAGCCAGCCUUACUCCGUACACACGUGUGACGAGUGCCAGGAGACAUACCGGAGGUGGGCGUGCAGCACAAUGGUGCCACUGUGGGUGGAGGAGGGCGCGGAGGAAGGCAGCGAGGAGAGCGGCAGGUCGCGGCGCACGCCGGCCGAGCACGCGGCGCGGUGGCGCGCGCGGCACCUUGAGCGCGUCGGCCACCUCGACCGGCGGCGAUCCGGCGGCGUGGUGGGCCGGUGGGUGCGCGCCGCCGCCGCCGGACCCGGCCGGCCCGUCGCAAGGCUCAAGCCCUGCCUCUCAGUCUGCCAGCUUGUUGAGCAACACUGCCCUUACUUCUUGCCGGCGGAUCGGGCGCCAGCCUACCCCACGCAGUAUGCCGGUGAACCCACAUUCCUAUGCCUCGACCCGCGCAUACCGGAGACGGGAGCACAGGCCAACAAUUCCAACUACGGGUCGGACGACUGCUGCUACUGGUACUGCGAGGGGCGGCUGUGCUACCGCUGCGACAGCCGGCUGAGCGAGGCGCCGCGGCCCGAGCCCGAGUGGUGCCCGCCGGUCGAGGAGCGCGUGCCCACCUGCUCCGUGCCUUACCAGGCGCCCGCCGCCGCCGCCCGCCGCCUGCCGGACCUCGCCCUCCUCGCGGCGGCACUCCUCGUCGGGCUCCUCGCCCUCCCACGGACUCACUGGACAGUGUCCACGCCUCUAGUGAAUGUGCGCGAUUCGAGGUUAUAGUUUUACGUUAACGUGCGUCGCACCGCCACGUCCCGCGAUCGUCGGACUGCGAUCGGAACUUCUAUUAGUGCUGUACUUAUGAUAAUAAAUUACACGCGGUUACGAGUUCGAUGAUGGCCGCGACUCGCGGCGCGGCCCGACGACCGCGCCGCGAGCCGCGCGCAUAGACUGUAAGUGGUUUGUGUCGAUACACUCUACAAAAUAGAAACACCAAGAGUCCUGAUGAAAAUGACUUUAGCAUUUUAUCUCGUAAGCGCUGUUAGCCGCCGAUGUUCCGGCCAGUAUGUUAAUGUUUUCGGCACGAAUUGUAAACGAAAAUUCACAUGAUAAGUAUUUUUCGUCAAGCGUAAAUAUUAUUUUUAAUAGUGUUUACGGUUAGCAAAUUUCAUAGGUGUUCACGAUGAACUUGUUUACGAAACUAGUUUCAUAGAAGCAAUAUCUUACCGAAAAUAAGAUUCGUAAUUCUGAGACGAAAGUUAAGUAUAAACGUAAAUUGUGUCAGGGAUCGUGUGAAUUUUUUAUACGUGCAAGUAAUUUAUACAAAUGACAAUUCCAGUUAUUAAACAUUAUUAUGGUUGAUAUGUGCCAGACAGCAUUCUUCAUGUCCGAUAAAGUUGAAAGUGAAAUCCUGAUUUACUGUUUUUUUAUUAUUACUAAUUGAAGUCGUUUUGUAGAUAAUUAUUUUUGUAACUUCAAUAUACGAGGUGAAUGAAAGAUAGGCGCAGGGCGAGAAUGGCACAAGAACAGUAUUAUAUUCUGUAGGCUAUUAAAAAUCCACAUUCAGUUGACCUGAAUGAAAAUGUAACAAUUUAAUACCGAAAAUCUUCCUAAAUAAUUGUGAGCGGGUUUACUUACAGUUUUUGGGAAAACUUCGAGAAAAUCUUAAGAUAGAGCCUUAAUGAGCUUAUGACACAAUGCCAGUAAUCAAUGGAAAGGCUGAAAAUAAUGCUUAAUUUAUUUACAGUGUUUCCAUUGCUGAAAUAUUGUUAGCUACGUAUGAGUAGUACCGUGACCGACGCAGGUCUGUAAAGCAGCUGGUUCUGGCAAUUCUCGUCGCUGGUCGUCUUCGAAUGCCUAAAUAGUUGGUCUACACAUAUUAUUGACUAAAAUAACAUAGGGUUAAUUAAACGUAGUUGUUGUUUUGUAAGAAAUAAAGUAUGACUAAUGCAUAUAAUGAAAAUUAUAUGUAAAUAUCCGUCUUAUGAACUUCAACAUUAUUCAGAUGUAACAUGGUUGAAAAUGAUUUUUAUAUGAAUUGAUUUUUAAUAUAUAUUAUUGUAUAUGUAUAUCGUGUCGAGUAUAUGAUAAUGAUGACGCAAACUUCAACGGGGGUAAAGUCGUUCACAUGUAUGUAUAAGGGACGGUAUUUGUUGGUUUGUCUUAUUUUUGAAAAAAUAUUAAAUUAUAGAGGUAUCGUUGAACAUUUUGUGAUCAAAAUCAUGUAUAAUUAAUGGUUAUUAAGACUUUAUUGAAUGGACAUUUGUUAUGAAUAUUGUCCUCAGGCGGGGAUGUAGUUGUUGUAUUCAAAUGAUAAAUGAUAAUAAUAUUAAGUAAGUUAUUUUUUACGUUUUUAUCGUGUACAUAUGUCAAGACGGUUUGUUGUUUCCACUCCCAUACUUAAAGUCACCGAAGGUGCUAAUGGUCUAUUACUGCUUCUUAGGAGUUUCGUUUGUUACUAACUUCAGCCUGGUUUCGUCUGCGCGACGGGUGACGUCACCAUAUCACUUUAUAAACCGCAUUGCAUUCACAGAAUACAAACAUCUAUUUUCUUAGUAUUUUCAAAGGAAAGUUCCACUUCAGCGACUAUAGACUAGAUAUACAUAGACAGACAGGUGUUGAUCAGUGCCGUGACAAAAGAGGGUCGUUAUUGUUUCAAUCGAAUAUCUAAUUCGCUCGUGAUCCCCAGUGCCUUCACUCUCCCGAAGUGAAAGCACCGCACAGCAGGACACUCGCAACUCUCGGGUUAUUACUUACAUCCAUCCGACUAAACAAUGAAUAUUAAUUACUUAUGCAUAAUACUCAAAACUUGUUUGGCAAAUCGAAAAAGUAAAACGUUACAAAUCAUAGAGAUAGAGUCUCUUCAAGGGAAUUUAUAGUAGAUAUUAGGAUCCAAAUUAAUAUACACUAACUACAUUUAAAUCGUUCGUUUACAAAAUGCCCAUAUAAAAUUAAAAAGUCUCAUCCAACUCGUCAUUUGCAUCGGUUUUGUGGUCUAGUUCUUUUGAUCUAUCGUAAGCAUCUAAAUUAUAGUACGUAAGUGGAGUGUCAAGCAAAAAUCACUUCAGAGAGUCGAAUAACACGAAAACAUUAAAUAGGUCAAUGCAAAGCAGAGUAGUGUUAAUAAAUAUUUCAUAGCCCGCGCUGCAGGGCCUUCUUCACGGUAUCUACGUGUAUCUAUGUAUAAAUUAAUUAAUUAUCAAGGUGUCUAAAAUUUAGUAAUAGAGAAUGAAUUACUAGAACAUAAUUAAUUGGAACAAUUUCGAGCACUCGUUAAAACUUACACAUUGGCCGUGCAUUCCUUCUUUGUGGGUGUUUCUACUCUACAUUCUUGAUAUCUUCACUUGUUCACUAUCUAUUCUAGAGUAGAUGUUAAAAGACCAAACGAGAGGAGUUCGGUUCGAAUGUUGUUUACAUUAACAUUUUCGUUUAGGUGACCGUUUGCUCGUAAAUGCAUGCAUACGACAGAAUUUCAUCGUAAUUAUAAGUCGAAGCUUGAGUUUUAUCUACGUAACUAAUGUAAGUACUCCAAGAGAGAUUCGAAGCUAUUAAAUAAAUAGGUGUAAAUGAAUAAAAAAAAGUCGAGUCGAUUUUCACCAUGAUCACUAAACUGCCGUUUGUUUGUGAGAUUGAUUUCGUAGGGACACAAAAUUAGCAAUAAUUCGUAGUAAAUAACUGAUUAAUCACGUAGAUUUCACAUUGACCCACGAGGCGUCCACGAGCCGACUGCGACGCGACGCGGCGGCGCGGCGUGCGCUCGCACGUGCCAUACUCCUAGGUAUACUUACGUACGGAUGUAUUUUAAUGUUAUGUUGAAAGUUUGGUGAUAGUGUGUAUUAUGUUUUUAAUUAAAUUUAAUGAAUUACGUUUUGGUGUACAUAAAUAAAGUGUAAAUGUUUAACGCACAAAUAAUGAAAGACGAUGCUGAAUUGUAAAGCAGUGUACGAAAACUUAUGUAUUACUUAGCUGUAAACUGUAACUGAGAAGUAAUCUAUUAGGAAUACGAAAUUAGAAACUUCAGUGCUCCGUCUGCUGCCAAGAUUAAUUUUGUUGUCUGUCAUAUUAUACGAAUUCGGUUUUAUUUGUGAACGGUUUUAGUUUUGUGGCGGCACGUUCUCACGAAGUCCAUUUCAUUGUAAAUUAUUCAAUAAUGAGGGAAUUAACUAGCUAUACUGUUUGGUAAGUUAAGCGGUUCACGUUAGGUUACGCAGCAACCGGACUGUCACGCACGCACAAACAGAGUUCGCUUUCGGGGUCGUCUGACAACGUGUCAGUUAAUAAUUCGAAUCGUUGUAGAUACAGUAAUGUCCUAAUCAAUAUAGAAUAUAAUAUGUAAGGAAAACACCAAAUGAUAGCCUUUUACAUAACGACAAAAGUAUAUAAUUAAUUAUCGAAACCGAAGCAUGUCCGCAAUCAUGUUGAUGUUGAUAGUUUGUACAAUACAUAUAUUAAUUAUUUUAUACGUAUACGGCCUUACUAUUGUGUAAAUACGCGGCUGUUAAACGACUGACUUCUGUUCUUUUUUCUAUACAAUGACAGAGCGUUAUGGAAGUUGAUGUGUACUGGGAUUUAUUAAUGUUGCUUUAACGGCAAAAGUACAAUGUAAUAUAGAACAUAUGGCUGUGGUCAGUCCUUGAGAAGACAGCUCCCUGUUCUUAUGACAACGAACAAGAUGUUAAUACAUUUUUUAUAUAUGCUGGUUUGAUGGAAAUUAAGUUGGCACUUGAAAUACAUUCUGGAAUGAAACAAUGUGACCAAAUGCAAUGGGACUUCAAGUGAAUGAGUGGGCUGCAUUAUCCUUUCAUGUUACUCGUGUAUUUGUUACUUCGAUUCUUUGCAAUUAUUUUGCUAAGUGUACACUAGGUAUAAAAUAACUCAGACUCACUCGACUAAAUUUUAAACACACAUUCAAGCUUUUGUUGGAUUGAAUUUCAAUAUUUAGGUCAAUCUUAAGAUAGAAUCUAAGCUUCGUUUCGUAAUAUGGAUCUCAAUAGUUUGAACUUGUAUUUUUGAUUUGGUCUAUUUUAUGCUAUGUAGCAUAUAAUAUAUCAUUUCCAAAUUAAUAUUUGAGAGUGUAAAUUCAGAUUAGUAAUACUUUUUGAUGCAAAAUUGCAAAGUAACCUUUAUUGCUGUGUAACUUUAAAUUGUGAUAAAGCUUUUCUGGAGGAGAAAGAACAAUUACAUUACAGCUUUGUUGGAACGUUUUGUGAAGAAUUACAAUGGGUUCUAUCUUUUUCUGAAAGGAGCUAUUAAGCAAGGCUUUUAUCCUUUUAUCAUGUAAUAUUUCUUUUAUGUCUGGGGUAUGUCUUUAAGACAUAACUGCUCAAGGCUUAUAGCGUCCGAAUAUUAAAACGAUGUUCAGAUUUAGGGCUCUAUCAUCGGCUGUCACUGUCACAUGGCGCCUAUUUGACCCUAUUAGAAUAUUGUAAUCUAGGAAGAGAGAAAAGACACAAUUGUGACUACAAAUACUAUCACAGUUUAAUUAGAUACUUCACUGUGCCUAGGGUCACGUCGCUGAUGUUGUGACAGUGACAGACGAUAAGAGACUUAACUUUGACUGUCAUCUUAGUGUUCAGUCGAAACCCUUUAUACUUGAGUGUGCACUUAGUAUGUGACGAUGUCUGAGUGAGAUAAGUACUUAAAUACAAUAGAAACACAUGGCCUUCUAUUUUUCAAUAUUUAGAUGAAGGUGGUUAGUAACAUAAGAUACAAUUGAUAUGUAUUAAAAGUCUUAUGAAGAAUCAAAUAUUAAAUUAAUAGGUAUACUAAUUCGUACGUUAUUUUAACCGGCACAUAAGUAAGCGAGUUAAGGUCCAUGUUCUUCAGCCCCGAAAGUUUCUCUUUUAAUGUCUCUUUGUUUUUCGUAUUUGUCAUUUUAAUACGCGUUUCGUAUACUUUGUAAUUGAUAGAUGUUUCGUUUGGUAUUGUAGUUACUUUUCGUUAAUAGUUAGAGAAUUCCUUUAUUUAACUAGGCUUCCCGCAUCAAAAUAACAAAGUUCUUUGGUAAACACACUCGCUUGAUUACCUGUGAACGCAAUAAUAAAUAAUAGGCUGUGUCGAUGUUUUAUUCCGAAACUUAAGUAUAAAAAUGUUAGCUUAGCUAAAUAACGGAAAAUCUCAAACUAUGCAUAAAAAUCAUUCGUUUGCAUGGCUGUUCAUAAAUUAGUAUAAAUAUAAUGUAUGUAAUUAGUGUCGUUUCCAUUUAAAUAUAAAUGUUUUGUGUUAUUUUGAUAGUAUUAUGUUGGACCUAGAAAAACCGUAGCCAAACAUGUUUUAUUCAUUUCUUUAAUUUCACACAUACUUUCAUGAAGUCCAGUGUGAGUGGCGUUGUUGACGAUUUUAUUUUUAAUAGAACGAUGUUCCUCCAACAUCACAUUAAUACCAUUAUUCCUAAUGAGUUCUAGAUCAUAUAAAUAUAUGAUUAAGAGGACUUUAAAGGCAUUCUACUUGAAGUCUUUAAUUUGAAUAUCAUUUCAAUCGAAUACAUUGCACUAAUCAGGACAUUAAUAUUAAAAUAUUGUCAAACGUCCAGAGGACCGCUUGGACAUAAUUAAUAAUCGCUAUAAAUAAUAUCAUUAAAGUUGCCUAUUUCAUAGUGAGAGAGGUAGCGUAGGGUAAAUCUUAUCUCAUAAAAAAUUACAAGGGUAAGCACAAGUCGGCGACGCGGGUUGCGGCGCCGGCGGACACUGCCACAGCACGCGGGGCUCCGAUAUAUUGAUAUGAUCUAGGAUGUGUCGUAGGUGUUUCUCGAGUAGUGAUCGUGUAAUAAGUCUUAUGUUACGCCUUCUAAAUGAUUAUAAAUCUGUUAGUGUGCCGCGCGGGGCCGCGGGCCGGCGGUUGACAAACCGGGCCGCGCCUGCGCUGCUAUGCCGUAGCCGCUACGGCGCGGCAGGGCGGGCGCGUGUCCCUCGUAGCCGCGCCCGCGCUCCGCCGCAUGUAGCAUCGAGAUUAAUCACGUUCGAAUAAUCGUAGACAGAUUUUGAAAUUUAAUAUUAUUUGCAUUUUCCUAAGAGUUAGAACGAUUGAGACAGUAGGUCGCACGACCGUGUUAUGAUGAAUUGUGGAGAUGUUUAUUAAAAAAAUACGUUUAUGAAAAUGGAAUAAAAACGAAAAAUAUUGUCAUAUAAAC